CUCAGGCUUGGCCAGUUCUGGUCGCACGCGGUAGCAGAAAGGCCCAAGGCACUGACAGACACCCAGCGCUGCCACCUCCCGGGUGUGGCGGGUCAAGAAACCCGGGUCUCAGGCCCGAGCAACUGUGCGGCCACGUGCAACACGCGCUUUGCCCUCAGCCUGGGCGGGGACCGGACCCAUCCGCGGCAGCCGGGAGGAGAAGGGAGCCGCCCCCGGCGACAGUGCCACCCGCGUGGGAGGGCACGGGACCAGCCGAGGGGCAGACGACCGAGGCGGUCAGGCAGGGGACGCGGGACCUUGGGACUGAUCGAGGCUGACUGACUCUGUGUGGGACUGGCAAAGCGACGGACAGGUGGGAGCAACCAGACAGCCCGAGAAAGGGAGGAGAGAAACGGAGAAAGAAGAGAGGAGAGAGAGGAGAGGAGAGGAGAAAGAAAAAGAGAGAGGACAGAGAGAGAGAGAGAGAGAGAGAGAGAGAGAGAGAGAGAGAGAGAGAGAGAGAGAGAGAGAGAGAGAGACUGACUCAGUAGGCAGAGACAGACACAGAAAUAGCGGAGAGAGAGAAACACUCGUGUGCUCCCUCCCUCCAAACGCCCUCCUCUGACCGAGGGAAGUGGCCAGGGGCUCAGAGUAGGAGAGACAGGAUAGGCACAGAAGACCGCAAGAGAGACCCUGCAUUGCUGGUGGGACCAAGGGACUUGGAGGGGCGGAUAGACUAACGCACAGACUGGCAAUCUGAGAGAGUGGCAGCUUCAAGAGCAGAGCGCAGCAAGGCGAGAAUCCUGUGCUGAGCUGCCAGACUGACCGACAACUGGUCAGAGUGACAGAAGUACAGACAGAAGAGCAGACAGGAGGCCGGGGCACGUUCCCUCUCAGCAGCCAGUGGGGCAGAGAAGGCGGCGGCGGCGCCCUGAGUGCAUCGGAAGCACGGAUCAGUCGCAGGGGCAGCCGGCGCGUAAGCCCCAGCCAGCGCAGUAGCUGCAACCCCAGCCGUGGCUGCGUGGCUGCCACAGCUGUGCGGGUAUCCCAGCCCACUAUGCAGAAAGCUCUUACUAGCAGUUAAAUAAAUCGACCAAAAAAAAAAAAAAAAAAAAAAAAAAAGCCAACAACAGAAAAGGAAGCCAAAAACAAAAACAAAACCAAUCGAGCCAAAUCAAUCAUUAAGAAACAACAAUAUUAAUAAAAGCCAAAAACUAAAUCAAAUCAACCAAGGCACCAAGAAGCUGGGGGGAUAUCCACUGUUCGUCAAGGUUGACGAUGAUGCGUCAAACUGUGUAAGGGAACUGCACAGAGAUGGGCAUUCUGAACUGUUAAUGGGGACAUGGGACGCCAGUUGCCUCUGAUCACUUGUGUGGAUUUUCCCGGUGUAGAACGACAGAAGCCGCUAGUAAGUCACCAAGACCUACAGCAGGAAUUCUGCGUGAAAGGGCAUCAAACCUUGUUAUUUUAAUUUGCAUCUGGGAGAAUGUCUGAGCAAGGAGACCUGAACCAGGCAAUAGUGGAGGAAGGGAGGAAUGAGCAGGAGACAGCCGCUCCAGAGAAUGGCAUAGUGAAAUCAGAAAGUCUGGAUGAAGAAGAGAAAUUGGAAUUGCAGAGGCGGCUGGCAGCUCAGAAUCAAGAGAGAAGAAAAUCCAAGUCAGGAGCAGGAAAAGGUAAACUGACUCGCAGUUUAGCUGUCUGUGAGGAGUCAACAGCCAGACCAGGAGCUGAAAGCCUUCAGGAUCAGGAAUCAAUUCAUUUACAGCUUUCCAGUUUUCCCAGCCUGCAAGAGGAGGAUAAAUCUAGGAAAGAUGACUCUGAGAGAGAAAAAGAAAAGGAUAAAAACAAAGAUAAAACCUCUGAAAAACCCAAGAUCAGAAUGUUAUCAAAAGAUUGCAGCCAAGAAUACACAGAUUCUACAGGCAUAGACUUACAUGAGUUUCUGAUUAACACUCUAAAGAAUAAUUCCAGGGACAGGAUGAUACUCUUGAAAAUGGAACAGGAAAUUAUUGAUUUCAUUGGUGACAACAACAAUCAUUAUAAAAAGUUCCCUCAGAUGUCAUCAUAUCAGAGGAUGCUUGUCCAUCGGGUGGCAGCUUACUUUGGAUUGGAUCAUAAUGUGGAUCAAACAGGAAAAUCUGUUAUCAUCAACAAGACCAGCAGCACCAGAAUACCAGAGCAAAGGUUUUGUGAACAUUUAAAAGAUGAAAAAGGUGAAGAAUCCCAGAAGCGGUUUAUCUUGAAGCGAGAUAACUCUAGUAUUGAUAAAGAAGACAAUCAGCAAAACAGAAUGCAUCCAUUUAGAGAUGACAGACGAAGUAAAUCAAUUGAAGAGAGAGAAGAGGAAUAUCAGAGAGUGAGGGAGAGAAUAUUUGCACACGAUUCAGUUUGCUCCCAGGAAAGCCUUUAUGUGGAAAACAGUAGGCUCUUGGAAGACAGUAACAUAUGCAAUGAGACCUAUAAGAAAAGACAGCUCUUUCGGGGCAACAGAGAUAGCUCAGGGAGAACAUCUGGGAGUCGGCAGAGCAGCUCGGAGAAUGAACUCAAGUGGUCAGACCACCAGAGGGCCUGGAGCAGCACAGACUCCGACAGCUCCAACCGCAAUCUGAAGCCCACCAUGACCAAGACGGCGAGUUUUGGGGGCAUCACGGUGCUGACCAGGGGUGACAGCACAUCCAGUACCAGGAGUACCGGGAAACUGUCCAAAACAGGUAGUUCCGAGUCUUCCAGCAGCGCAGGCUCUUCAGGAUCACUGUCCCGCACCCAUCCACCUCUCCAGAGCACACCCCUGGUCUCAGGCAUGGCAGCUGGAUCUCCUGGCUGUGUGCCUUAUCCAGAGAAUACAAUGGGGGGCCAGGUCCCUCCCAGCAGCACCAGCUACAUCCUCCUUCCACUUGAAGCUGCAACAGGCAUCCCUCCUGGAAGCAUCCUUCUUAAUCCACACACAGGUCAGCCCUUUGUGAAUCCUGAUGGGACUCCUGCCAUAUACAACCCUCCCACCAGCCAGCAGCCCCUGCGGAGCACCAUGGUGGGACCGUCCCAGCAGCAGCCUCAGCAGCAGCCUUCUCCGCAGCCUCAGCAGCAGGUGCAGCCACCACAGCCACAGAUGGCAGGUCCACUGGUCACUCAGUCUGUCCAGGGGCUGCAGGUACCCUCCCAGUCAGUGCAAUAUCCGGCAGUCUCUUUUCCUCCCCAGCAUCUCCUGCCUGUGUCUCCAACGCAGCACUUCCCCAUGAGAGAUGAUGUGGCAACGCAGUUCAGCCAGAUGAACCUGAGCCGGCAGUCCUCAGGAGAGACCCCUGAGCCGCCAUCGGGUCCUGUCUACCCGUCCUCCCUCCUGCCACAGCCAGCCCAGCAGCCCAGCUAUGUCAUUGCCUCUACAGGCCAGCAGCUUUCCACAGGAGGGUUCUCUGGCUCUGGCCCUCCCAUCUCACAGCAAGUUCUUCAGCCCCCUCCUUCCCCCCAGGGAUUUGUGCAACAACCUCCGGCUGCACAGAUGCCUGUCUAUUAUUACCCAUCUGGUCAGUACCCUACCUCAGCCACGCAGCAGUACCGGCCCAUGGCCUCGGUUCAGUACAGUGCUCAGAGGGGUCAGCAGAUGCCACAGGCAGCACAGCAAGCAGGUUAUCAGCCAGUCUUGUCUGGUCAGCAGGGAUUCCAAGGCCUUAUGGGAGUGCAGCAGCCACCACAGAAUCAGAGCGUGAUGAGCAGCCAACAAGGAACUCCGGUGCAAAGCGUAAUGGUCUCCUACCCAACCAUGUCUUCUUAUCAGGUGCCAAUGACGCAAGGUUCUCAAGGACUGCCGCAGCAGUCCUACCAACAGCCAAUCAUGCUACCUAACCAGGCAGCUCAAGGGUCACUCCCGGCCACUGGAAUGCCUGUUUACUGUAACGUUACACCGCCAAACCCUCAGAACAACCUUAGGCUGAUUGGCCCACACUGCCCCUCCAGCACUGUCCCUGUCAUGUCGGCCAGCUGCAGGACAAAUUGUGCAAGUAUGAGCAACGCCGGUUGGCAGGUCAAAUUUUGAGAGCUCUGGCUGUGGUUUAUUUCAUCAGCUAUUACUCAUGGCCUUUAAAGGAAGAGGAUCAAGUUGGGAAGACUGGCUGAGGACUUAAGUAUUCACUCAACACUCAAAAGAUUGCUGCUGGUAUCCUGUAAAAAAUAAACAAAGACUAAUACACACGUUAGCUGGUUAAUGGUGCAUAUUUCUGUCAUGUCUGCUAGGUAUGCCUUUCUAGCUUAGCUAGUGACAUGAAUUCAUCAAGGUAAGAUUUUCUCCUACCACUGAACACCACUGUGUAGAUUAUAAUAUCCCUCAUUUGGAUUAGUUUUGUACUUUGUGUUGAGUUUGUGAUGCUAAAAGUAUUUAAAAAUUAUAUACUGAAUCACAUUGUACCAAAGCUGUAAUGGAAAAGAAAAGAAGAAUUGAUGAAUGGAAGGAAUAAUUUAUAUACACUAUAGAGUUUUCUUUUUUUAAUGCAUAUAUACUGUAUUGUAGUGUUUACUCAAAAUAAAACUAUUUGACCUUAUGGAGGAAGGUCAUGUUUUUA